UUCGGCGUGCUACGCUAUUCAAACAAGUGCUGGUUUCAUCCGCCUAAAUCGCGCUCCGGACAGCGCAAAAUUGUCGUCAAAAUGGAGGGAACAUACGCGUGCAACCUCAACAAUCGUUUCGAACUUUUCCUCGACGAGGAGAACGAUCCUCUGGAGAUCUUAGCCAAGUCGCAGCAGGAGAAGCGCAAGGGAACCGAAAAGUCGAAGGAUACCAAGAAAGAUGCCAAGAAGAAGGGGCUGUCGAAAACGCUAAAGGAAUCCGUGAAGACCAUUGCCGCCGCCGUCGAUUCGAACGAGCCUCGCGUGAAGGCCGGUAGCACCUCGCCCACUCAAGGAGGUGGUUUCGGUGGAGCGCCCCGUCCCCCUCGACGUGAGAACCUGGAACGGCGAAACAACGAAAGGAACUUCGAACCCCGACCGGAAGGCGAUCGACCCCCUCGAGAGAAUCGCGGACCGCGCGACGGAAACCGACCGCCCCGCAACUUCGAAGGACCCCGGCCCGAGGGUGGACGCAACGUACGCAACGACGGUACUCGAGGAUCUCGAGACGGACAACGACCUGGUGGACGAGGACGUGAAUUCGACCGGCACUCUGGGGAUACUCGUUCGGGCGUGAAAUCGACUGAGAAGCGAGGUGGACAAGGAGCACACAACUGGGGAAAGAACACCGAUCAGUUCGAUACCACCCCGGAGCAGGAACUCGUGGUCCCGGAGAAUCUAGAUGUCACCCCCGAGGGCGUCCCUGAAGGCGUCGCCGCUGGAGAGGAACCGGCUGUGCCCGCCGAGCCCGAAGCUGUUCAAAUGACGUUGGAGCAAUGGAAAAAAGAGCAAGCGUCCAAGGUGUCCAAGGCGGAGUACGCAGCCAAUAUUCGCAAACCGAACGAAGGUGAGAAAGAGGAUCCGAAACUCAAGAAGGCUGUCGUCUUGAAAAAACUGAAGGCCGGUGAAGAGGACUCGGACGACGCCGACGGUGACGAUGCGAAUGACGCCGAAGACGAGUGCGAAAAACUGAAGAAGGAACUAGAGCAAACUCUCGCUUCCCAAUUCCACUUCGCUGACGUUCGAGGACCCGCCCGAGGUGGCCGUGGUGGUCGCUCCAGCGGACCUCCGGGACCCAGGCGACAAGAAGAAGGUAACCAGCCGAGCAGCCGACCACCACGAGGAGGCAAGCCCCAGCACACUCCUCGUGUCGAGGAUCUCAACGACUUCCCUUCUUUGGCAGCGUAAGCGUACAAAGAAGCUUCCGGGUGCUUGUGGUUCAACAUAUAUGAGCGACAAGGACUCGCGAACCGGAGCCGCCCUUCAAGGUGGUUUCCGAAAAUCUUCAAAAGGGUUUUGGGGGACCGUUGCGAACAAGGGAGAGGGUGAUGAAGGCGGCGAUUGAACAUGGAGGCGCUCGAUGAUGAACACGGGCGUGUAAAGUUAUUAUCAGCAUCCUAUCUACUGCGGACGGCACAGAAAGAUACACGCAAACAAACGAACGAACACACAAGGAGACGGCAGAAGCGUUGAAUGAAUCGACAGAUCGACAAUUGAUUGUUUCAUUGGUUGACUGAUAGUAGUUCUGGAAGAUUCGUGGAUUCGCUGCUUCGACUCAGAUCGGAAAGCGGUAUGAAAUGUUGUAGAUUGAGAUCGAAGUUCCCCAUCCCGUGGUCCGGUGGAUUUCUAACUGCCGCCGUUGUUGUGCAUUUCGCCGGCGAAGGUUUAUUGAUUAAGGCAUAACGCAUAUCGCGAGCGUCCAAAGCGAAACGAUACCACACAGCGGGACGAUUGUCAAUCUUUUCGGAGAGCGUUCUUGUUAAACAUCUUCAGGACAAUGUUUUACUCGUCGCAGACAUACCUCAACUAUUUUUGUAAACACUAUGUAAGAUCCCCGCGCCGAAACUGUUGAGAACUGUGCUCGUUGAGCUCCGCUGGCUCAUUCGCCGCCUCAGUCGAAGCGUCGAUUGAUCGAAGCUUCUGUCUGGGAUCAGAGCGACUUGUGCACAAGCAGUGAAGAGAAAACGGAGAAACACUUGACUGCCUCGAACUUUUGCGAGUUCAAGCACAACGGUUGCGGAAAGCACAGACAACCUGAUCUGGAGCGGGAACCUAGCAUCCGAACGUAGUGUAUCUGGCUCUACAAUAUUCUGCUGCUGACGUCUACCACGGAAGAGGCGGGGAGGAGAAAACCCCUCGGUCGUCUCCAAACCUGAUACCAGUCUGGAGAGUAUUGAAAGCACUCUCCAGGGCGAGGGCCAAAGACAUUUCGAGGCCGGAGAUCCGCUUCAAUCAAAUGAUGAUGAUGAUAAAAACGAAAUCCAUCACCUCCGCAUUCAAAACAGAGAGAGAGAAAGAGAGAGCGAGCGAGUGACGAAAGAUACUCCAUAUAUCAUCAUGAGUUCAUCUCAAAUCCACCAUUGCAAGCCCGUAAACGAUUCGAGCCUUCAAACAAACGCGAUUUCAACGUUGUGAACAAUAGACGUCUCUUUCUUCGGAAGGACACCUGCAAACGAAUAAUUGAAGUCGAGCGUUCUCAAGGAGUACAUUCAUCUACAAGAAACGAAAACUUCUGCACAAAACAAUCAUCACAUUGAAAAACGUCUCAGGCUUCGACCCGUCCUGAACAGCAAUUGCUGUUGAGCGAACUUCACCAAUCACUAGGUAGACCAACCACCGCUGCAUACUUUUGAACCGCGCGACGCUUUCUUUAAAAUAAAUUUUGUUAUUAAAACCCUUAA